CAAAAUAAAAAAGACACUGUUUUAUGCAGUAACUGACACAAUUUCGUUUGGUGUACAUGCACGUUUAGUUAGAAAUGGAAAUCACUGUGUUUAGAGCGUUAAUAAUUGUGGUUGUUGCCGCCGACGGAUGUUUAGGCCAGAUAACCCAACGAGGAAAAUGUCCUUUCGUGCCAACAAAACCGGACUUUGAUGUGUCUUUCUAUACGGGUCGAUGGUACGAGCAGGAGAAAUUCCCGGCAGCAUUUGAGGCUAACCAAGUGUGUAUCUCAGCCGACUACUACCUCAUACCAACAGGUGGUGUUCGAGUCAUCAACCGCGGAUUUAACGUCGUCCAGAAUCGCGAUGUCACCAUUUCCGGCGACGCCGUGCAAAGUCCUUCCCAGCCAGGAAAGUUAGGGGUUCGAUUUUUUCCAGGUCAACCGCGGCAGCCAUAUAACAUCUUAGAUACCGACUACACCACAUACUCGGUCGUAUUCUCGUGUCAGGAAUCGACCAGGAACGGCUACCCGUCUAACCAACAAUUCUUAUGGGUCCUGACUCGUCAACCUUGGGGUAUUUCGCCACAACUUCGACACAAACUUUUAGCAAAAGUGGAAAGAUUUGGCAUUAACACGAGCUACCUAACUCGCACUCAACAACAAAAUUGUUCGUACGGAAAUUAAUUGAACAAUGCCUACUGAAACACUUUGAGUUUCUCUUUGUAUUUUUUCUUUCAUUAUCAUUAAUUUAGCCGUGCCAUGAGAAAACGAACAUAGUGGGUUUGCGACCAGCAUGG